CGGCGCGAGCUGAGCGGGGCGCCUCCUGCACGGGCGAGCGGACGCGGAGGGACCCCGGGACGCGCUCCGGAUGAUCGCACGCCUGUCCGGGAUGGGCCGCGGGAGUUUCUCGGCCCCCUUCGGGGCCAGGCGCGCCUCCCUCGUCGCCCUGGGCUGCUUCUUGCUGGCGCUCCUGGCCGGCCGCGGGGAAGGGGCGGCGGAAGAGAAGAGAGUCUGCCAAGGAACCAUCAACAAGUUGACCCAACUUGCCAGCGAAGAAGAACAUUACAGGAAUCUGAAGAGAAUGUAUGAGGGCUGUGAGAUCGUGCUCGGCAAUCUAGAGAUCACCUAUAUGGAGCAUUUCCAUAACCUCACUUUCUUGAAGAGUAUACAAGAGGUGGGUGGCUACGUGCUGAUAGCAAUGAACUCAGUGAGAAGUAUUCCCCUGGAGAAUCUCCGGAUAAUCCGAGGAAACCCCUUGCACGAAGGUGCUGCGCUGACAGUUUUGCUGAAUCACAACCAUGAACGAGGACUGGAAGAGCUGCCAUUGAGAAAUUUAACAGAAAUACUAAACGGAGGAGUAAAAUUCAACAGAAAUCCUUAUCUGUGCAACAUGGAAACUGUUCAGUGGAAUGACAUUGUGCCUAAAACAGUUGUGGUAGACCCUGAGUCUUUUCAGAGGACGGACAAUAACUCUUGCCCCCCCUGCCAUUCCAGUUGUUCAGGAUUCUGUUGGGGUCCUGGUCCCGAAAACUGCCAAAAAUUAACUCGGAUCAUCUGUGCGCCGCAGUGCUCUGCACGGUGCAAAGGGAGGGAGCCCAGUGAUUGCUGCCAUACUCACUGUGCAGCGGGGUGCACGGGCCCUGGGGACCGGGACUGCUUGGCAUGUCGCAAUUUUUCGGAUGAUGCAACCUGCAAGGAAUCUUGCCCACCUUUGCAAACAUAUGAUGCUUAUGAUUAUCAGAUGAAGAACAACCCAGACGGAAAAUACAGUUUUGGAGCAACUUGUGUAAAGAAGUGUCCACAUAACUACUUGGUAACAGACCAUGGCUCAUGUGAUCGGUCAUGUCCUGUGAACACUACUGAAGUAGAGCAAAAUGGCAUUCGAAAAUGUAAACAAUGUGAUGGUUUAUGUCGUAAAGCAUGCAAUGGGAUUGGAAUAGGUGAUCUCAAAGACGUCCUCGCUGUCAACGCAUCCAAUAUCGACAAUUUCAUAAACUGCACCACAAUUAAUGGCCACCUCUCAUUUCUGAAAGUAACAUUUUCAGGUGACACAUAUACUAAAACACGUGCUUUGGAUCCAAAGAAGUUGGACAUCUUUAAAACUAUUAAAGAAAUCACAGGAUUUCUGUUGAUCCAGGAUUGGCCUGAAAAUUCCACUGAUUUGAGUGUGUUUGAAAAUCUGGAGGUUAUACAAGGCAGAACAAAACAUCAUGGCCAGUAUGCCAUUGUUAUCACUAACGUGGCUAUAAAAUCUCUGGGAUUGCAUGCUCUCAAGGAAGUAAGUGACGGAGACGUCGCGAUUUUAAGAAACAAGAAUCUAUGCUAUUCUGACAGUGUGAACUGGACGACACUUUUCAAAAUAAACAAUCAGAAAACAAGAAUAAUCUUGAAUGGAAAUCAAACGGAGUGUGCUGCUGCAGGACAUGUUUGUCAUUCCCUCUGUUCAGAUCAUGGAUGCUGGGGCCCGGGGCCUUCCGAGUGCCAUUCUUGUCGUCAUUUUUCUCGCAAGCGGGAGUGUGUGCAAGAGUGCAAUAUUCAUCAAGGGGAGCCACGGGAGUUUAGGAACCGUUCCGAAUGUGUUCCGUGCCAUUCAGAAUGUCUCGUGGACAAUUCGACUGAAAUAAUUUGCACAGGACCAGGUCCCAGCAACUGCACCAAAUGCGCUCACUUUAUGGAUGGACAUAACUGUGUUAAAACGUGCCCUAAUGGUAUUUUGGGUGAAAAUGACAUCUUAAUCUGGAAGUAUACGGAUAAAAAUUUAGUGUGCCAGCUGUGCCACCCAAACUGUACCCGCGGAUGCAAAGGACCUGGGCUUGAAGGCUGUCCCAAUGGCUCCAAAGUCCCAUCUAUUGCCACUGGAGUUGUUGGAUGCUUGUUCGGUAUGCUUCUCAUCGUGCUGGGCAUUGGUCUCUACAUGCGGAGGCGUCGCAUUGUCCGAAAACGUACGUUGCGCCGGCUGCUACAGGAAAGAGAGCUUGUCGAGCCUUUAACACCCAGUGGAGAAGCACCAAAUCAGGCACUCUUAAGGAUUUUAAAGGAAACAGAAUUCAAAAAGGUCAAAGUUCUUGGCUCCGGAGCUUUUGGCACUGUUUAUAAGGGGCUCUGGCUUCCAGAAGGGGAGAGAGUUAAAAUUCCUGUGGCUAUUAAGGAGUUGAGAGAGGCCACGUCCCCGAAAGCCAACAAAGAAAUUCUCGAUGAAGCGUAUGUGAUGGCAAGCGUUGACAACCCCCACGUGUGCCGUUUGUUGGGCAUUUGCCUGACAUCCACCGUCCAGCUCAUUACUCAGCUUAUGCCUUACGGUUGCAUUCUUGACUAUGUCCGAGAAAACAAGGACAACAUUGGUUCCCAGUACCUUCUCAACUGGUGUGUGCAGAUUGCCAAGGGAAUGAAUUAUCUGGAGGAGCGCCGAUUGGUGCACCGUGAUCUGGCGGCCCGGAAUGUCCUUGUUAAGACACCCCAACAUGUCAAGAUCACCGACUUUGGAUUAGCCAGACUGCUGGGUGCUGAGGAAAAGGAGUAUCACGCGGAAGGAGGAAAAGUUCCUAUUAAAUGGAUGGCCUUGGAGUCUAUUCUGCAUCGCAUUUAUACCCACCAAAGUGAUGUUUGGAGUUACGGUGUCACAGUGUGGGAACUGAUGACCUUCGGAUCAAAACCCUAUGAUGGGAUCCCAGCCAGUGAAAUUUCCUCUGUCCUGGAGAAAGGAGAGCGCCUCCCUCAGCCUCCCAUUUGUACCAUCGAUGUCUAUAUGAUUAUGGUCAAAUGCUGGAUGAUCGAUGCGGAGAGUCGCCCCAAAUUUCGGGAACUGAUGGCAGAAUUCUCCAAAAUGGCCCGAGAUCCCCAGCGCUAUCUGGUCAUACAGGGCGAUGAAAGAAUGCAUUUACCAAGCCCAACAGAGUCGAAAAUUUACCGUACCAUAAUGGACGAAGAGGAUAUGGAGGACAUUGUGGAUGCAGACGAAUACCUCAUUCCACACCAGGGAUUUUUCAGCAGUCCAUCAAAUUCCCGGACACCACUCUUAAAUUCGCUGAGUACUACCAGCAAUAAUUCCACAGCGAUCACCUGCAUUGAUAGAAAUGGGCAGGGUCACCCAAUGAGAGAAGACAGUUUCAUCCAGAGAUACAGUUCAGACCCAACCAGGGUUCACCUGGAUGACAGCUUGGAUGACAGCUUCCUGCCCGCUCCAGAAUACCUGAACCAGCUCGUGACCAAAAAACCAUCUGCUUCCAUGGUGCAGAAUCCGGUGUACAACAGCCUCUCCCCCACUGUUGAUCUGAAAGUUGACACAGGGUCAAACCAUCAGAGUUCCCACAACACAGCCCUGGACAACCCGGAGUAUCUCAACACAAGUGUAUCUCCUUUCGCUAACACCGUUUUCGACAGCUCCCCCUACUGGGAGCAGACUGCCAAUUACCAAAUGAAUCUGGACAAUCCGGAUUACCAGCAGGACUUCUUGCCCAGGGAGACCAAAGCAAAUGGCCUCUCUAAAGUCUCUGCUGCUGAGAAUCCAGAAUACCUGAGGGUAGCGCCGCCCAAAAGUGACUACAUCGAAGCCUCAGCAUGACCACUGAGAGAACCUUUUGUUUUCCCCACCAGUGGACUGGGACACAGGGGACCAUGCUGGUUGGCACAGACUAUGGACCCAUAAAGGAGCCGUCACAACUGCACCAGCGGGGCACACUUUCCCUUCCAAGUAUGUGUGUUGAUUUCACACAGUUUGCUUAAGAAGUCCUACUUCUGUCUACAUGGAAGGUGCUGUUUAGUACCAAGGGAUGACAUCCAGCAAGCAAGAGAUCCCUGCAUUCGCUCCUGUCUUCCCUGACAAGAAAUAUAGGGUCAAGCCUCUAUGGGAAUGCAAAAGGCCUUGAUCAGCAUCCACUAUGCACUUUUGGGGCUGUGUAUUUUUUCAGAGAGAAAAAAGGUAUUUUUCAAUCAAGGCAUCCAGAUGACAAACUGUCGGGAGCCGUGUGAGGUGGUGGCGGCGGCUUUUUUUAAAAAAAGGAGAGCCAAGAUAUUUUUUCGCCAAUACCCCUGGGCAACACUAACCCAGCUCAUGAGGUUCAAGAAAAACUCGUUCUUGGGCGUUAAUCAGACCCUACGCAUUAGCUUCACUUGAUACUUUGUGGUACAAAGAAAGAGAUUCUUCAUGUGGGGAUUCUGCCCAGGCGGUUCAGUUGUGCGUGGAAUUGGUGGAUUUCUCCAGGUCCGUUGAACAGAAAGGCUUGACCCAGAGUGCUCGGUGCUGAGACCACGAUUCCCAGGAAGCCAGAACUCUGCAAUCUUCAGACAUUGUUCAGAAAAGCUGAGAAAGUAUUCUCUAGGGCCGUGGUGGCGAACCUUUGGCACUCCAGAUGUUAUGGACUACAAUUCCCAUCAGCCCCUUCCAGCAUGGCCAAUUGGCCAUGCUGGCAGGGGCUGAUGGGAAUUGUAGUCCAUAACAUCUGGAGUGCCAAAGGUUCGCCACCACGGACUAGGCAAUAAAUUGUUCUGCUGUUUUGAACCAAGGGAGGUUCCCUAGAAGUGGAAGUGAAACCACCUGGAGAGUGUAACCCCCCCCUGCAGACCCAGAUAAGUGGGGCUCCACCUGAAAAGGCUGUGACUGAAAGCACAUCCUGAGGGCAGCAUCUGUGGCCCUGGAUCAGCGAAGGCUGGCGGGACCCCUGCCUGCUUUAUUUGAGCCCUCCCCUAAUUGUUCCCGAGAUAAGUUAGAAGGCAGAGACAACUAGGAUCUGGACUAGGAGGCAUUCCGACAGCUUUUGCAUAAUUGGGCCAAAGCUCAAGGUAUCACCCUGGCUUGCCACACUUGGCUGCCUCUUUGUUCUUCACAUAAUUACGGCUCCACUAAGCCUGAGAGGGCCAUGCGUGGUUUCCUCAUGCCCUUAAGGUGAGCAUGGAUGGAAUUAGUCACAGGUUUGGCUGAGCUUAGUUCCUCCCUGGUUUGGUGGAGAUGCUGAGGUCACAGCCUCUGACAUGCUGCAGUUUCCCAAGAGGCAAUAACUCCUAGGGCAAAAAGCAAACCUCUGGUUUAGUCAUGAAAUAUUUAUUUAGUUUAAUUGGUAACAACAGAAGCAUUGAAAAGAAAUAGUGACCAAGGUACAAAAGCCUGGGGCACUAGUCUUCUCUUCAUACAGUUUUCUACAUUUGGAUUACUCUUCAUGAAGUCCAAUGAUUCCAAAACAAAUGACUGCAGACUCUUGAAAUAUUUUGGACCGCUCUGCUGAUGUUACAGUAUUGACUGAUAGUAAUGACAUUGCACUGUACGUUUGUUUUCUGAGCUGCCAUUACUAUAGUUUGUAUAUGAAGUGGAAUUUGUAUUACUGGAAAACACGUUAUUUCUAUAAAUGCAUCGCCUUUA